AUGUAUAUGUAAUAUAUUUGUAUAGUUUAUACAUAAGUACUCAGAUGCUAAAAAUUAUAUCAAUUGAAGUUUGGUUUUAUUUAUAAUAUAUAAAAUUUUAUACAUAUAAAGUAAAGACGACAAAAAAUUAUAAAUGACUCCUUAAUUUCUGUCAUAAGAAAAAACAUUACAUAAGAAAUCUAUUCUACUUUUCGUCUGUGGUAUUAAUUUAAAGUGAACUGUUUACAUUGCGAAAAAAUUAUCUUCAGAUUGAUUUAAAUUGUAAAUAUAUUUUUAUGAAAUUUACAAAAAUAUAUAUUUUAAGAAAAAUUAAGAACAAUUUCAUAAAGUGCAUAUAGUGAUAAAUUAAAUUAAUAUUUUUUUUAUUUAAAACGAUAUUUAAACAUCAACACAGCAGACAUGAAAGAAGGACACAACGUGUCCAAUAUAAAAGAUGAUUAUAUUCAUGAAAAUGGAGAGGCUGUAAAUACGGUUAAUACAGAGGAAUCUCCAGCAAAGCAGAAAUUGCGUGGAUGGCUAAAUCGAAAUUUAAGAAUAAAAAUGACAGAUGGCCGUGUUUUAAUAGGUGCAUUCUUAUGUACUGAUCGUGAUGCCAAUGUGAUUUUAGGAUCAUGUUCAGAAUUUCUAUCAGAGGACCAUACAGAAGCAAGAACUCUUGGUUUAGUAAUGAUACCUGGUAGACAUAUUGUAACAAUACAUCUUGAUGCUUGAGCAAUUGUGUUUGUUUUGCUUGAAAUUAACUAUAGAAGUUAUUAUUUUUCAUUUUCUUUUUGAAUUAUAUAAUUUUAUUUCUGUAUUUUUUAAAAUUUAUAUACAUAAUAAUAUGAACUAAAUUUCAAAAAAAUGAAAUGUAUAAGUAAUUUAUUUUUAACAUAUUAUUUCUGUUUAUUGUAUAAAAUCUUAAACAUAAAUUUUAAAUUAUAAACAAAAAAUAUUUUACUACAUUAAGUUAAUUUAUUAAUUUUUACUUUAUCUGCAGACUUGGUAUCUGUUUUAUUAGCUAUAAAAAAAAUAAAAUAAAAUUAAAAUGAA